GAGAGUAUCUGAUUAAUUUUUUGGCACUGUGCCACAGAAAAGAGACAUUAGACCAGCUGAUUGGAGGAUUUGGCUCAGAAAUGAGAGAAAGUGAUUCUGCGGGAGAAAUAAGCAAUGCUCUUCAGAAGUUGACCGAGCCAUCAGUUGGAUACAACAUUCCUUCAUUAACAUCAUAUGUCUCACAACCACAGAAACAGGCAACCAAAACCAGGGAUGCUCCCAUACAGGGGGAACUUCUGGACCAGAUUCUGCAAUUCCUGUUCCCUGAUGCAGCCAAACCAAUGUCUGUAGACAAGUCAGAUAGUGCGGAGACAAACACAACUCUGCAGACCUCUCAGACUGUCAGGGAACUCCCCAAACAGUUAAAGUCAGCACCAGUAGAUGGACUGUUACACAAGCUGUCUAUAUGUCUGUGUGUGUUGAAUCACAACCGUGGUGGUCUGUUUGCUGUGGCCCAGAUAUGGCAAGAGUUUGUACUAGAGAUGAGAUACAGAUGGGAACAUAACUACUUUAUAGAAGGGUUAGAAAAGGGACCUCCAAAUUUAGGAUCUUGUUUACUCCAUCAAAAAUUACAGAUGUUAAAUUGCUGUAUAGAACAUAAGAAAAAAAGGGAACAACUUCAUAAAGGUUAUACAGGGGAACUUGACUCACCUCCAAAUUCCCCGUACAGGGGCCCAUCAACUUCACAGGUGUCAAGGUCAAUGUCUCAAGAGGAUGCUUUCAAUAUCCAAUCAGAUAACAGUGCUGGACAGAAUGAUUGUGACAUGAAUCAGGCUGGGGCAUCUGGACACCAGUCAAGUGACAGUGCAGAAAAAUCGAGAAAACCAAGUGCAAUAAAAAGUUUAAAUAAGACUGGUUCCCAAGACUUGCAAGUUCAGGAGAGUCUAGUGAUGAAGAUGAAUUCUUUGAGUGUAAUGAUGAUGAGAAUAACCAGUCUGGUGAAAAAGAUGAAGAUACUUCAGCAGAGAACAGACUCAGAAACUGGUAAUGAAAGCCAGUCUGUUGAUAAUGAUGAUAACCAGACUGAAACUGAAAUGGAAUGUGAACCAGUCAAUACUUCACAGACUAGUUCUCUAAAUACAUCAUUGACUGAGUCUCAAAUAAGAGAAAUGACUGGUUCUGAGCAAAGACAAAGUGUUAGCAAUGUUUCUGUAGUAAGUGACUCAGCAUUUAAGGAGAGCUAUUCCUAUAAACCAGAAGGAAGGCUGGCACCUUUCCAAGAGUUAAAGUUGGUAAAUUGUGAAGAAAAAAUGUACAUACCAAUAACACAGGAGCCAGCUCCAAUGACCGAAGAUAUGUUGGAAGAACAUGCUGAAGUUCUUGCAAAACUUGGGACAUCUGCAGAAGGAGCAGAGUUGAGGGCCAGGAUGCAGAGUGCUUGUCUCUUGUCAGAUAUGGAGUCAUUUAAGUCAGCUAAUCCUGGUUGUGUCCUUGAAGACUUUGUAAGAUGGUAUUCUCCCAGAGAUUGGAUUGAAGAAACUGUUGAAGAUGAAAAUGGAGAUGUUAAAGUAGAAGGUCAUCUAAGUCAGAGGAUGCAGAUACCAGGAAAUAUGUGGGUAGAAGUUUGGCAAACUGCCAGACCAGUCCCAGCAAGAAGACAGAAGAGACUGUUUGAUGAGACAAAGGAAGCUGAGAAGGUUCUUCAUUUCCUGUCAUCACUGAAGCCAGCAGAUGUUGUGGUUCAUUUGAUGCCUAUGUUAAUUCAUGCUGCCCUUCUUAAAGCCAUGGAAAAUGAUAACCCCAAGAUACCUGUAUUGAAACAGGUGAUAGAACAGGCCUGUCUGAAAGCUUCUCAAGUGACCAGGUCACCACAACAAGAUGCUAAAAGAUAUGAGGAAUUAAUCAGAAUAAUAAUGCAGGCAGAAAUCAUCAUAGCACGAAAUCUCUCGCUGCAGUCCAAGUUUACAUUUGAUCUGCUUGAGAGACCUGAUGCCAGACAGGAGCUUGAACAUUUUGUGGCGACAAUUCUACAGAACUCUGAGGUUCCGGUGAGAGGCGGGCCAAUGGGUCCGGCAGGGAACGUCAUCAGUAAAUUGUUCCAGGCUGCACAGAGGGCGUCCUAUAUGAUACUGGAUGAAGAAGACACUGAGACCAAAAUGGAAGAUGACGAUGACGUUAGACUUAAUAGUUCUGUUCCGAAUUUCCCCAGACCUUCAGCAAGGGAAUAUAUUUUAAGGACAUAUGUACCGAGGCCAGCUCCAUACUCCAAACAUUUACCACAAAGGUUGUUUUGUUCUAUUGAAGAAGACGAGUUUAGGAUUGCUGGUGCAUUUUCUAGUGAUUCUGUGUUUCAGUGAAGUGUUUCACUCGUGACUUUGUAUGUUAAUAGCAUAUGCUACUCUUUUUGAAGUGAUAAACUGGUGAUGAACUAUUUCUAUGAACAGUUUCAUCAGGUGAUAAACUAUUUCACAGAUUUCUUAAUUGAUUCAAAGUAUUAAAGUGAUGAUUUUGUAUGUUAGUGAAAUGUAUUACACUUGCUUUCGUUAAUUACUGAUUAUAAGCUGUUUCACUGAUGACUGGAAUGUAGGGAAAAUAUUUAGUUGUGACUGAAUGUUACACUUGUUGUUGUUCAUUGAUAGGUUGGUAUAGUAAACAAUUUCAGUGACGUUUAUGUGUGUAAGUGAAAUAUGUCACAUUUGCUAUUGUUUACAUGUAUUGAAAUAAUAUACAGGUGAUUAACUGUUUCAAUGAACUGUUUUUAGCUCACCUGAGCCAAAGGCUCAUGGUGAGCUAUUGUGACCGCUCAAUGUCCGGCGUCCGUCGUGCGUCCUGCGACGUCCGUCCGUCAAUAUUUCCUAAAAAAUUCUUCUUCUUGAAAACCACUGGGCAGAAUUACACAAAACUUCGCAGGAAUGAUCCUUGGGUGGCCCCCUUUCAAAAUUGUUCAAAGAAUUGAAUUCCAUGCAGAACUCUGGUUGCCAUGGCAACCGAAAGGAAAAAGUUUAAAAAUCUUCUUGUCCAAAUCCACAGGGCCUAGGGCUUUGAUAUCUGGUUUGUAGCACCAUCUAGUGGUCCUCUACCAAAAUUGUUCAAAUUAUCCCCCUAGGGUCAAAUAUGGCCCCGCCCCGGGGGUCACAUGGUUUAUAUAGACUUAUAUUGGGAAAACUUUGAAAAUCUUCUUGUACAAAACCACAUGGCCUAGGGCUUUGAUAUUUGGUAUGUAGCAUCAUCUAAUGGUCCUCUACCAAGAUUGUUCAAAUUAUCCCCCUAGGGUCAAAUAUGGCCCCGCCCCGGGGGUCACAUGGUUUAUAUAGAGUUAUAUAGGGAAAACUUUGAAAAUCUUCUUGUACAAAACCACAUGGCCUAGGGCUUUGAUAUUUGGUGUGUAACAUCAUCUAAUGGUCCUCUACCAAGAUUGUUCAAAUUAUCCCCCUAGGGUCAAAUAUAGCCCCGCCCUGGGGGUCCCAAGUUUUACAUAGACUUAUAUAGGGAAAAAAGUUUAAAAAUCUUCUUGUCUGAAACCACAACUCUUAGACCUUUGAUAUUUGUUUUGUAGCAUUGUCUUAUGGUCCUCAACCAAAAUUGUUCAAAUUGUACCCCUGGGGUGAAAAGAGGCCCUGCCUUGGGGGUCCCAAGUUUCAUAUAGACUUAUAUAGGAAAAAGCUUUAAAAAUCUUCUUGUCAGAAGCCAUAUGGCCUAGGCUUUUGAUAUUUGGUAUGAUGCAUUGUCUAGUGGUCCUCUAUCAAAAUUGUUCAGAUUAUGCCCCUGGGGUUAAAAGAGGCCCCGCCCUGGGGUCACUUAGUUAUUAUGUGAGUUAUAUAGGAAAAAUACUUAAAAAAUCAUCUGAUCUUAUUUCCAAGACUAUUUGAUUAUAAUUACCUGAUGACCCCAAGUAAUAUGGUGUCACUUGAUUGUGACCUUGACCUACUGACCUACUUUCUUGUUUUUUAAGAUACAGCCUUGAAAUAUUGAUGACUUACAAAGUUUUGCACACAAAUCUUAAAACUAAAUUUCAUUGACCAUGAAUGUGACCCACUGACUUCCCUCUUGUUUGAAUUAUGCCCCUGGGGUGAAAAGAGGCCCCGCCCCAGGGGUCACUUGAUAUAUGAGUUAUAUAGGAAAAAAAUACUUAAAAAAUUAUCAGAUCAUGUUUCCUGGACUGUUUAAUUAUAAUUACCCGAUGACGCCAAAUGAUAAGGGUCAUCUGACUAUGACCUUGACCUACUGACCUACUUUCUUGUUAUCCCCCGACGAAAGUCGGAGGGAUAUAGUUUUGGCGUUGUCCGUCCGUCCGUCCUUCCGUCCAUCUUUCCGUCCGUCCUUCCGUCUUUCCGUCCGUCCGUCCGUCCGUCCGGAGCCAUAUCUAGGAAAUGGUUGGGAAUAUUUAUUUAAAACUUCAUAUACAUGUUCACCACAAUGAGUUCUUGCGGCCCGUCAAGUUUCAGUCAGAUUGCCCAAGUAACACCAGAGUUAUGGCCCUUAGAAGUUUCUAGUGUUAACUAUAUAGGGUACUAUAAAUAUGGUAAUUUCUGCAUCAUAACUUUUGAUAUAUUUGACCUAGAACUAUGAAACUUAAACAGAAUUUAGAUCACCAUAAUGUGGUUGUGUACACACAAUUUCAUUUGGAUUUAUUUGUAAAUUAAGAGUUAUUGCCCUUUAAUUGUAUAAAAAUCCACAUAUUUGUACAUAACAAACUUACCAUUUGGUAGAAUUUCAUUAAAUUUCUUUCAUUCUUUUCCAUGAACAUUUAUUGUAAACACGUAAAGUUGUGUACCCACACCUGGUCCCCACCUUACCUUGAUCACACACCUCCCCCCCCCUCCCCCACACCCCCCCCCCCCCCCCCCCCCCCAAAAAAAAAAAAAAAAAAAAAAAAUUCAUUCCUUAUUUUAGAUUUUUUUCAAACAAACUUCAUAUACAUGUUCACCACUAUGAGGUUAUGGGUCCCAUCAAGUUUCAGACAGAUUGCCCAAGUAACACCAGAGUUAUGGCCCUUAGAAGUUUCUAGUGUUAACUAUAUAGGGUACUAUAGAUCUAUAGAUAUGCCAAUUUCUGCAUCAUAACUUUUGAUAUAUUUGACCUAGAACUAUGAAACUUUAACAGAAUUUAGAGCACUAUAAUGUGGUUGUGCACAGACAAUUUUGUACAGAUUUCUUUUUGUAACUUCAGAGUUAUUGCCCUUUAAUUGUCUAAAAAUCCACAUAUUUGUACAUAACAAACUUACCAUUUGGCAGAAUUUCAUUAAAUUUCUUUCAUUCUUUUCUGUGAACAUUUAUUAUAAACAUGUAAAGUUGUGCACCCACACCUGGUCACCCACUUGCCUUGGUCACACCCCCUCCCCCUCCCAAAUUUUUUUUUUUUUUUUUCAUUUAUUUUAGAUUUUUUUCAAACCUUCCAAGUUGUACUAUUCCCCCACCUCACUUCUCCACCCAGUCAUGCCCACCACUGAUCAUGCAUCCUCUGCCCCCCCCCCCCCACUCCAACUUCACCCUUUUACCUUUUUUUUUUUUCAUUUUUAAUUUUCAAUCAAUAUUUAUAAUCAGCAUGAGAAAUUUUGUUUCCUCUCCCGUUCCCCUGCAUCCCCACCCCCUAAAAAAAUAAAUAUAUAUAGAUAUAUAUAUUUCCAUCCUUUUUUUUUUUUUUUUAAAUGUUCAAACCUUCAACAUGUUAAGUUGUGACUGCACAAACCUUGCCCUCAGCCAUGUUCAAGAUAUCUUAUCUGUGUUCUCUUAAGGACAUCUGAUCUUUUAAGUUCAAAUGUACAUGUAAAACAGCAACACCUGGUGCCAAACCACUCAAAGACAAUAUUUCAUUCCAGUUAAACUUCAAGCUCACAUUUCAAUUAACUGCAUUUAAUUUUAAAAGCUAAGCUUAUUACAGUAAGCAUAUCCCAUUCAAAAUAAAUUCUUUAGUCCGGAUCAAAGUAUCAUACAUUUAUUGUGUACUCUUUAAUUAAACAUUUGUUUUCUGUUAAAUUGAUUUUGACUAAUGAAAUUAUUUGCUUCUUAUUAACAUCCUUAACUUUUUGCCGGAUAUAUCUUUUUGCCAUUCCUCACCACAAACCCUUUCGGCGGGGGAUACCAAUUCAUCGAAUUUGCUUGUUUUUUAAGAUACAGCCUUGAAAUUUGGAUGAUAUGUACAGUUUUAUACACUAAUCUUAGAACUGACUUUCAGUGACCAUGAAUAUGACCUACUUACCUACUUUCUUGUUUUUGAAGCUUUAGCAAAGAAAUUUGUUCAAGUGAGCAACUUAACUCAGGUGAGCGAUAUAGGGCCAUCAUGGCCCUCUUGUACUGAUGAUUCCAAAUAUUAGAGAAAUGUUUCACUUGUGACCCAGUGUCACACUUGCUGUGAUGUAUUUUUAAUUAAAUGUUUCAAAGAAGA